AUGUCAACUCAAGCACCUGCUCGUAGCACUCAGGGUUGCGUGACCUGUCGCCUAAGAAAAAAGAAGUGUGUCCCCGACGAACCAAGCUGUAAGGCCUGUAAGCGCUUCAAGCUUCAAUGUGUUAAAAAGGCUGGCCCUAUUCGAGCGCAAACGAAUGCAUCAAAGCUCAAAAAAGAAGAGGCUCAGAGGCAAGUGCCCUCAGCAACUUUGAAAGCCGUCGAGGAGCUGGCUGCUCUUCAAGACGAGGACCAUUGGUUUAGUGAAGGCUCCGACGCCGAUGCUAUUGGGUCAGAGGUUGAAGAAGAAAACGCCGCAGGGUGCCGAUCCGACAUUACAGGACAUAUGAACACUGAACUUCAAGAUUUACAGUCAGGUAGCUCGCUUCCCGACGGUUCAUUACCUCCCGGUCUUGAGACGAUCACUCGAGCCCUUCGCUUGACCCUUGUUCCUGAUGCGAAUGUGCCAGCCCGCACCAUGUCCGACAUUCCACUUCAUCGUCUUCCUUACAACCACCCUGUUAUACAAGAUGUGACUCGCGGCGCUUGCACGCUCGCACGAUAUUAUGGUUUCCGCGUGGACCUACUUGAACCCGGCCCCUCGGCCAUGCCUGAACCACGCCAUAACGACUCAACAAGCCAGUCGGAGAUCACACAACAAAUCCCGCUGCCACGACCGAUCUGA